CCUUCCUACUCGCCCGUAGUACGAACAACUUUUAUUCACCCAAUUUUUUCGUAUAAUUUCGAAAUCUGAAGAGUAACGAACCUGUAUCUCAACAACAAACGAUGAACCAACCCGUUAUCAUGUUCAAAGCAAAAAUAGAAAAAAUGUUGGGCUGAGAAUUUUGCACCCACAAGAGUCUCAUUUUCUGUUGAACACCCGUUGAUGUUGACCUAAAUGUGUUGGCUCUCCAGUAGCUAUUGUACACAUUUAAGUAAGUAGAAAAAAGUUGUAUUCGGUCUACUUUUGCCUUUCGUGACUACAAUCUGUAAACAAGUAUGAAGAUGAUUUCUUGUUUCGUCGGUCGUCUUUCGACACUGAACGGUUGUUGACAACAACUCUGUGCAAGUCGUGUAUUGGGUAUAGAUAAAGAUAGGAGGACAAGAUGGACGUGAAAAAAUUGUUGGAGCAGAAGCUGCUCGCGAUCAAUUCGCAGGACAAGUUUCUCGAGGAACUCAAGGACCAGAAAAUUAAGUUUCUCGAGGAACUCAAGGACCAGAAAAUUUCGUUGGGUAACCAACGAGUCGCGGUGAUCGACGAGCUGUUGAAGGUAGAGUUGCAGCAACCUACUACAACCCAGCAUCAAGGUGUCCAUCAACUAGGUGGAGCCGGCGGCGCGGCCGCUUGUUCCUCGACUACUACGGCGGCCACGCCAGUUGCGCAGUCGUCCACUUUUCAGCCGGUGUUGGCCUCUUCGACUGCAGGCACUCCUGCUUCCGGAGCUCCGAUCCCGGUUGCUGCUGCAGCGAGUACAGGCUCGACGUCCCUUGCGGCCACGCAAUUUAUCACUCCAGUCUUGUUGUCUGAGGCGCCCCACGAGGAGGUUCUUGCCCAGAACAAGCAGGAAAGCGUCGGCGUUGUGGAACAAGCAGAACCGGCAGCAUCUGCGAACAAAAAACACACGGCCGCGCAGUUCCAACAGAGCAGGUUCGUUUUCAUUAUUUUGAGUCUAUCUCCAAUUUCAAUAUUCAGCGGAUUUUUCAAAAACCAAAACCAGCUAAGUACAGCUCUUUUCAAUUUCAAGAAAACAUUUUGAUUUGCAUUAUUACGUCGGAGGUGGAUUGUCGUGUAAUCAAAUUUUUUUUCUUGAUGUCUCUGGUUGCUGCAACGAAGUAGGCAAUGCCACAGAGAAUCGAUUUCUAUUUCAUGACUUUCAACAUUUUGAUUUUGAAGAAUCGAAUGAAAAUAAAUUGCAUUGGCAGCAGCUAGGACUUCUACACACACAAAGAUAAACAACUCUAAACAGUCCUGUGACGGUAACUCCACCGCAUUCGUCCGUGGAAGAUGGAGUCGCGAAGACUACUACAAAACAGACCAACGUUGGGGAAAGCGCCGGCCCAUCCGACGCCGAGGAUGAUGAUGCAGCGCAGAAGAUGAAAAAUGGAGCUGCUCAGGAGGUCGCUCAAGAGAAUUCCCAAGAGAUCGCGGGCUCAGCAAAAAAGGCCGCCGAAGCUUCAGCACCGGUCGAUCAGCCUGCGCUGGCGGACGCGAAGGAUGAGGCUGACCACGUAAACGAGGAACAGAACAAGAAGGGGGCGCCAGAACAAGAUGACGCGAACCGCUCUGUUUCCGAGGAUAAUUCAAGCGAGAAUCAGAGUCUCUCUUCUUCCGAGGAAAGUGAGCACGACGAGGAUAAGAAAGAUGAUGAAGAUCAUAAAGUAGAUCAUCAUCUUGACCGCGGCGGCGGGGGCACAAAAAAUAAAACCAGCAUUCUGAAGAAGCCGGAAAAUCAGCGUGCGGCAGAGGGACAUGAUCAAGGUGAACAGCAGAACAAUCGGAGGCGCGGGUCGCCUUUCCCAAGGAGGAGCAGGACCAACAACAACGACACCGAAUCUUCUGAUGUUGAUGCCAUUCCUCCGAAAAAUCGGGGCAACGGGACAAAGAAGAAAGUGCAGAUCGUCGUCGGUGCAAACAAGGACGGCCACAACUCGCACUCGGAGGACCGCGAUAAGAAUAUGAACACGAGGAGACAUUCGGCAGCCCAUUUUUCUCCGUUUGAUGCGAAAAACAAGCGGUCGUCUCCUGCAGGUAGGGGGGAGUCUUCUCCUUCGGUGGAAGACUACUACGGGGCGGGAAGUACCGACGGCGCCAAGCGCCGGAACAAGAUGCGAAAAGUGGAUUUCGAGAAGGAUCAUGACCGGCGCCGGGCCGGGGGCCAGCACAGCGACGACGAUGAUAGCCGUGAAGGUGGAGAAGAACAACGGAGAUCUGACGACGAUGAACACCGGGAGCACGUUGAGAACAAAGAUGACCACCACAGUCGGAGCAGCAGUCUCGGCAUCAGCCAAGACUUUGGCGAGGCCGAGGCAAGCGUGAUUCCGCGACCCUUUCGAGUAGCCACUUUUGGCCGAGGGCCCCCGCGGGGCGCACAGAGGUUCCGUGGCCGCAACAACGAUUUGCAACACCAGCGUGGUCAAAACCAACGCAACAUUGUACCCAACAGAAAAAACCUAAAAUCACAUUCGUAAAUUAUGCAAAGGUAAUGGUAAUAAAUCUCACUCUAAGUGUCUAUGAAUAAUAACAGAGUGUUGAAAUUAUAAGCCAGCCCCUGCACACACCAGAAACAGCUUACUGCCGUUCCGCCGGGGCGGCCGAUGACAGCUUUAUUUUCCGCAUAGUUUUUUGUGAUAUGGUUUUGUCUCUGUCGUGAUACUUUGCUUCCGGGGUACAACAGCGGGGCAAGAAGAUGAACCACGGCGCGCACCACCAGCAGCGCCGCCAAGGAGGUGGACAUCGUAAAACUUUGGCCGCCCCGCCGCGGCGCAGCCGGAGUCGCAGUCCGCGCGCUACUUCGUCCCGAGAUCGGGGCGCGAAUAAACAAAACGGCAUGUUGUCACAAAAUGCUCGUGGUGGUCGCGAUCGCGGCGGCCGAAAUCAGGACCAGCGCAACAACAAGGCGGACUCUCGGGAUCGACGGGCCGGGGGAGGAACCAACAUGGAGCACAAAAAUACUUUUAAUCGCAGCAACAGGUCCCGGGACCACGAUGUACAAAUGCGCAAUGACGGAGGACCGCGUGGUGGCUUUCGUGAUCGCAUGAUGAAUCAGAGAACUCAGUCAAAGUCUCCCCCGCCCGGUGAAAAUAGCCGCGCACGAGAUCAUCGCAAGGAUCUCAGAGGGGGCGGGAGGGACGUCGCGGCGAGUCCAAGGAACAAGAAGAGGUCCAAUUCUCGUCCUGGAAGAGGUGGAGGUCGCUUCAAUAGCAAUCAAAAUACUUCUUCUAACCAGGAGCGUAACGGUGGACCACGGCGCAUGAGUCGAGAGCGAGAUCGCCGCCGCGAUGGGAAGUCUUCUCCUGGACGCGUAGGUGGGCGUGACCAUGUCAAGGGCGCUCCUGCGCAGAGGCGCGGAGAAUGCGGUGAACAACGGCGAGGACCAGAUGCGGCAUGCUCUCGUGAUCGCUCCAGUGAUUCUCAAGGUCGCUGUUCCAAACGACGGAGCACAAGUCGUGGUCGACGCGCAGGGCCCAACAGGAACAACGUUGGUCCUCGUAAAAAUUCCAACGGCAGGCUCGACAAAAAUGGGAAGCCGGUGCGGACUUUCGUUAUCGAGGAAGAAGACAAAGCUGAGGGGUCGUCCCCCAAGGACAGCCCCGUCGGUGAAAGCCAAAGCGGAAGCAGGAGUCGUGGAGCAUCGCCGAAAGACGGUACAGGAACGCGAGGACCGGGAAAUUUUGGCGAAAGCGCACCCGUCGCGGCGGAUGAAACCAACAAGGGCCGUGGACAGAAAGUGGAGGAGAUGAACGGCAGCUCAUCGUCCAGUUCUUCGUCUUCGGACGAUUCUUCGUCCUCAGAUGACGAUGGAAAAGAAGCCGAGGCAGCGAUGGACGCCGCAGUAGCUACCUUGAAUAAACAGAGCGCCGUCGGUGCUGGUGCUGGUCGCGUUUUUCCGGCGACAAGCGCUACUUCAACAGGUGGUAUUGAUGCUCCUACUAGUACCACCGCUUCGCAGCAAGAUGCAAACGUAGGAUUUGAUGUUGCGCAACAGCCCCAAGCCAACGCCGCCAGCGGAGGUGCGCCCGGGGAGUACCAAAAUCCCCACGUCGGACCACCGGUGUUGCCACGAGUGGGAUCUUCUAGUGCACCAGCCGCGGAAGAUCAUGCCGCGCAACAGGCACGGAAGGAUAAAGAGCGGGCUGAUGGCUGUACUUUCGGCACCAGGGCGGUAGCGCUGCGGACCCGAGCGCAGUGCCGACAGAAGUUGCGGGGCUCGCCAAACAGUCUGAGUAAAGCCGAUGGAGACGGACAGCAGGCGGGAUCCGAUGUUGGGUCGGACGUUCUCCAGCGGCCUGCUUUUGUCCCGGGAAGCAAGAAAGAUGGCGUAUUGAAUAAGGGAAGCGGAAAGCAAUGGCUAGAUGCGCCACGGCAGAUGACACGAGCGCGAUCCGUGCGCGCCGAUCGGAAGGCCCGCAUUAUCACCGACUCCCGCGAACGAAAAGGAGGGGGUCGAUCCUCAAUUGCCGCCAAGACCAACCAAAAUGACAAAUCGCGGUCCCCUGAUGCUGGGCGCGGCUCUACAGGGAAGAACGAUAUUGGAAUGUCGUCCUCAACUGGAGGUCAGGAGACGAAUAAUAAUCCGGCGGUGAGAAAUUCCACCAACCAGCCGACUGGUACUUCGAACCGUGCCCGGGCCUCGCGAAAUGACAAUCCCGACCGCGAUGAGGACUUGAUUUCAUCGUCUGAAAGCGACGGUGAAGCUGCCGGCGCACAGAAACAGGUGGCCCAGAACAAGACCCACGGCGGGGGCCAACAAACCGGCGGAAUGGGUCAGCCACACUUUGCUAAAGCAGCUCCACUGGGUCUGGGUCCCGGAGCUGCAGUUGGUACGCAGCAGAACAACAGCAUAACUGCACCUGCUGCGCAAAAAGCAACCAUUUCUGCUCCGCCACCGAUGACCGAACAAGGACCUCGACAAAAUCAAGCUCCGGCUCUGAUGCAAGGCCCACAGCCUCAGAAUGCGGACAAGGCCGGUAGCGACUCAUAUGGCAGCAAAGACCCUUUGUGAUUACCGUCGACAAUGCACCGCGGCUGCUUCGCAUGAGCAUGAGAGGUGGGCGUGGGCAGGAGCUAGUUUAUAAUUAUGGCUCUUCUACUACUAUUUCUGCUACAGCUUUGGAUUCUGUAAUGAUCACCACAUGCACAAGAAAGGUAGUCCUCGUUGCCUCUGUUGCUGUUGUCAGCGCGCUUACUUACUUUCUUUCUUCUUUCGGGAACAACAGUAACGCGCCGCAUGAUUACAUUUUCUACACCAGUGAAGGAGGAGAACUGGAGCUGUCACUGUCUCUGCUACUGUAUUUUUUUCGAAUGAUGGAGCUCCCAAUGAUGCAGCUUCAGCGACGUGCUCUUGCAACAUGAGAGUCGCAGUGCCGCGUCUGCGGUUUUUUCUUUUGCAUAGUGCGUCGGGUUCUUCUUCGAGCGACGACGAUUCCUCGCCCUCGGCUGACCAAUUUAUCUCGAGCAAAAUCGCCAGCUCUGCAGGAAAAAAACCCACACUCGCACCUGCUGCAUCGACUAGUGCACGCCCUUUGGUUUCCGUCGGCAAUAUAGUCAACCUUAGCGCGUCUAUUGGCAUUGGCGGAAAAGGCAAGAUUGGAAUGAACGCGGCUGGUCCAGUGGUCGUUCCGGCGCCUCCCGCUCCUGGGGUAGUUGUCACGGCGCCUGCGCCUGUCGUGGGAGGUCCGUCACCUGCACCUGUCUUUGGUCCGGCGCCUGCUCCCGGUGAAAAUAAAACCGCGCUCACAAGUGCGAAGAUGACCGUUGGUGCAGUAGCGACUUCUGGAGCGUGCGUUGCAGCAAACGCAGUCAAGAAUCUCAACGCAGCGAAAAUAACCGAGCAACAGAAUAAACUACAGAAGGAGCAGCAGCAGGUGCUGCAAGGAGGAACACGACCAAAAGCAGUUGCGCCAGCGCCGCUGGUGGCAGCAGGUCCUGUUCAACAAGGCCCUCAGCUGCUGCAGACAGGUGCGAUCGACAAGCAGAAGGUGCCAUCACCUCCAUCUGUAAUUCAUAGUGCUUUGAACAGCGACAGCACCAACAAAAGAGUACAACCCACAGAAGCCGCAAAUGCGAAUCCAAAUGCGCUUCAACCACUAGUCAAGAAAACCAAAGAGGACCACGAUAUUAAACAGCAUCAAGACGAGAAAAAGUCACCAGUUGUUACCGGACUUAGUGCAACAGCAACUGGACUUGCUCCAUUCGCAGUACCCGUGGUGGCGAAGAAGGAAGUCGGAACUGCAGAGGCGGUUGCUGACAGGGAGUCGCAGGGGAGAAACGCUGCUGCUGUAGCGGAACUGCAAUCUACUUCCGCAGGAUCUGCGCCCCGGGCAGCUAGUACUGGUGAAGACAAGAAGACCGCUUGUUCGAAAGAACCGGAAGCGCCUUUGGGCCCUGAUGGCACUAAAAUUGUGAUCGAGAAGCCCGAGCCCCUUCCUGUUCCUCCAGCUAGUUCAAGCGCUGGCUCAACGAGCACUGCCAUUGCAGCCAGCAAGAACGAUAUUAAAAAUGCCAAAGCGGAACAAAAGAAUGAAGCAGUGGUCUUCGACGCGAAGCCGAGCACGGAGGCCCCAAGCCCAACGAACAAGCAGAAUGAACAAGGCCCCUCUACUACGUCUGUUCGUACGGCCCCACCUCCGAAGAAGCCCGUAACUAAUACGGAGCAACCCGGAGCAGGUAAUGCGCAGACCACCGAGGACAAGAAACCUUCCGCAGACAAGGACGAUGAAAAAGCGAAAACUACUACAGUUACACUUGACAGCACGACUUUCGCCUCCCGGGACGACGGUGAGCAGGCGAAGCAACUACAACUCGGAGCAUCAACAAGCAACACGCUGACCAAAAGUGCGAGUAAGAAACCAGCAGGCACGACCAACAUGGCUGCGGCCGCUGCUUCGAAGAGCGGUAGCCUUUGUCUUUCCAGUCUUGCGAAGCCCUGUAAUAUGGGAGAAAAGUCGGAUGCUACGAAACUCGAGGACGAAGAACAGCACUGGGCGAACAUUCAGACACCGCAGGUGAAUCCUCUACAACAAUCUGCGCACGUGGUCCCGCCCAUGAAGAUGGCGUUUGGAGGAGGUUUGGUGCCGCUCCCAAGCAGCAGAGCAGCGAAAGGCGGCGCGACGGCAGCCGCUUCGCCGGCCUUGGUAUCGAAAACAGAUGAUGGGAAAGAGAAGGACAUCAAGCUUAAUACAGCUCUGACGGAGAACAAGCUGCAGUCUGGUCCUGGUGCUUCUAGUGCCGGCGCUGAAAAUCUUAAAGUGGGUAGUACUUCUGCGGCACCUGUGGAUGUGUUGGAGAACAAAGACAAAGCGAAAUCUCCAGGCGCAGACCCCGAGUCGGGUAAAAAUCAAAUUCAAACGAUAGCUGGUGGACAACUUGUCUCGAACCUUCCAGCCACCUCUUCUACCCUGACCAAGCUUCCGGAGGAGGAUAAGUCGAAAUCUUCCACCGUUGGAAAGCAACUACCAGUGGACAAGAAUAUUCCACCGUUGACGACUCCGGACUUGAGUAAGGAUGACAAAACCACGACCUGCACGACGUCGACGCCAGCAGUAGUGGAACAGCAGAAGGCUUCGCCGCCUGCUCACGCGAAACACGUGCCGAAGCACACAGCAAAGGUUUCCGCGGCCGCUCCGAUGCUGGGAAAGACCAACAACACGGCGUCGACGUCGUCGCCGGACGUGCAUAAUAAAGUGCAGGAGCAGCUACCGGUCGGCCAAGCGGUCAGUAAGGCUAAGGCAGUUCCGGGUGGAUCCAAGAAGCCUGGCGGGCCCCUACUUGGGAGCGAGGAGGUCGCCGCGACAACUGGUGCUGGAGACAAGAUGAAAGUAGAGGCCACUUCUACCUGCGCAGGAGGACGCACGGCACCACCAGCUCCGGCAGCGCAGACGGGCAGUAUUGAUGAAGUAGACUCCGCGGUGGAGAAUAAAUCGGGAAAUAAACCGGCGACAGUCAAGGCGUAUAAAAUUUAUAAGCGGAAAAAUCUUCCGCUCCUCUGACUGAUUACCGCAUGCGUGUUGUAGUUGUAAGUUUUCUUAUACAUCAAAUAGUGCAAAUAGUACAAGAAAUAGCAGUGACUUUUUUGAAGCUCAACACAAUAAGAGUGGCGGAGGUGUCCUCCGUGAUGUAGUGUUAUUUCGCGACGAGAAUCACAAGAAAUGAUGUCCCAGUGAUAUACUGAACUGAAUGAAAUACUCAGGGUCCAGCCAGGUCCGACGUCUUCGGGCCUUCAGCAACUUCCGCAGCAGGCGCAGCCGGCGGACCGGAAAAACAGCAACGACUCCUUGCGCGGCGGGACGAACAAGGUUAAGAACAAGGACCAUUGGGGCGAGCCGAUGAACAGCAAGCCAGCCACGAUUGGCUCCCAGCUUUUCGGCGCUAGCGCACCGGGCCCUGGCACAACCACAGCUCUUGGUACUAGUGCUCAGCAGCCGGGCAAUCCGUUUGGUCAACAGCAGAGAAAGGCUUCGCACGAACUCGACGACAUGAUGGGCGGCGGAGCUGCUGGUGCGAUGAUGGGCGGCACUGGUGGUGAUACCAGCAAUCAAAACAUGAUGCAGAACUGGAUGAGUCAGCAGAUGGGCGGACACCAGUAUCAUGGCAGUCAAGGUCCUCUUCACCACCAGCAAGCGGCUGGCUACAACAUGCAACAGCAGCAGAUGCACCAGUAUCCCUCCUGGGGACCGGCAGGAGGGGGAGGCGGCAAGGGAAACAACAACUAUCAGCAGUACAAUAAUUCUGGAAAUUGGGGUGGCGGUGGAGGCGGAAAGGGAAACAACGGAAAUAAUUUUCGUAACAACAAUUGGGGUGGCAGUGGCGGAAAUCACGGAGGCUUAUCACAUCUGCAAAUAUGUCUGAGUUUUCCAGGAAGGUUGCGAAGGCUUUUGUCAUGCGCAUGCUUGUCCAACUCCAACAUGACUGGAGAGUUUGCGAUCGUCCAUAGAUAAAGCAAUAGGGGCAUGACCGCAUUCAUUUUUUUCUGCAAAAAGAAAAACGCAGGAUGUCAACAUGUGGCAAUGAUUAUACGCACAACGCAGGAGGCCGUUAUCGUUAUAGUUGUCUGGGCGUUUUUUCAGUGCGUUCAUCAACAUUCGAAACAAACCACGUACGAACAUUUUUCCAGCCCCUCCAGACGCAGACAUAUUUUCAAUGCAUAGGGCUAUGGAGGUGGUGGCGGGAACAACAAUCAUAACAACUGGGGCAAUAAUGGCGGUGGACAUAACAAUCGCGGCGGCGGAAAGGGCAAGGGCAAGGGUGGCGGAGGCGGCGGAGGCGGGAGCGGUGGAAAGAACAGAAACAACAAUAACCGAAACAGAAACAACUACGGAGGAGGUGGGCGGAAUCACAACAACAACAACAAUCGGGGCGGCGGUGGGGGAUACUAG